AUGGGCGCAUUCCUAUCUUCCGUCAUCGCGCCUAUCGCCCUCCCACUAGGCUCCUUCCUCGCCAUACCCAUGUUCAGCUCGUGGUCUACGGGCUUAAACCUCAUAUUCCUCUCUGUCGCAUGGACAACAAUCGCGGCAUCUUAUUCGCCUCUACAACUGGAACUCGUUGCUCCCUUCAUCCUGCGACUAUCACUGUACAUCAUACCCAGCCUUAUCUUUCUUAUCUUCGACAUUGGUGUGCCUAGUCUUGCGGUUGAAUUCAAGAGCCAGGGGAAAUGGGGGAUCCCAAGUAACCAAAGGGGUGGUGCAAGGGCAGUGAGAAGGGUAGUAGCGUGGAGUUGUGCCAAUGUACUGCUUACGGUUGCGCUGCAAGCGGGUAUUGAGUUUCUUGUGACGGAUGUGUUCCAAAUGAGGAGUCUACUACGCAUCAAGGGAAGUAGAUGGGGGCUCAAUCACUUGCCGAAUCCUUGGACCAUGGUAAAGCAUGGCAGCAUUGCUUUUGUGACGCGAAACAUCCUCCAAUACUAUAUCCAUACUCACCUCCUGCAUUCACCCGCUGGUGGAGCUCUGUCAACACUCCACCAAAACUGGCACCACAGUAUCCGGAUUCCUUACUCUUUCGUGGCAAACUACGAUCAUCCAAUCUGCCAUCUUUUGCACCGUUUUCUUCCUUUGUACCUCCCUGCAAUCGCAUUGCGGAUGCACAUAUUGACCUAUCUCAUCAUGGUUGGACUCUUCAGUCUCGAAGAGACAUUUGUGUACUCUGGCUACAACGUCUUACCGUCAACCAUCAUGUUAAGGGGCAUGGCACGUCGUGCUGAUGCGCAUAUGAUGAGUGAGGGGGAAGGAAACUAUGGGUGUUUGGGUGUGUUAGACUGGUGUCAUGGAACAACUUUGGGCAAGGAUGUGGUGGAAGACCUCAAGGCAGAAAUGGAAAAGCACAACGUAGAAGCCAAGGCAGGAAAGGCUAUGGACGAAGCAGGGAAUGCAGCAAACGGGCUUGCCAGUAGACUUGGAAGAUCCAAAAAAGGUAAAGGAAGGAAGUGA